AUGAACUCUCUCAAUAUCAUCUCCGCGCGAGUCUCUCCGUCAUCGUCUCCAACCCCAUCGCGUACCAACUCCCUGAGCCAUGUUGGACUCGCCGCGUCUUCCUCGGACCAUCUGACGACUUCGCAAGACGGUGCUUCGCAGAGCGACACAAUCCAUUUGACGGCCGAGCCGGACGAGUACACGCAUGAUAACCACGAUCACGACGACUAUGCCGAUGAGAAAAGCCCCUUGCUAGGAGGUAACAGCGAUUUGAAGGACUCGAACGUCCGCUCCCAUUCGUGGCACGUACUCCCGAGCCGCUUUGCCAAUAGUUUUAUCAAUUCCCUGCGCUGGGUCUUAUCCACCAUUGCUGCUCCAGGGGUCUACCUGAUUGCUUGCUUCUACGACGAACGGGGCAAUUUCAGCCCUUGGCGGCAACUACGGAGAUUAUUUGGGUCCUACGAGGGAGACAUGGACAAGUUUUCGGAAGACUAUCACGAGCACGUCGCUACAGGAGGCGAGAAGCAAAGCUCUUUGCGACGCGCAAGCCAGAGCGCGAAGGGCAAGCCUGCGUCGACCGCAGCAUUACGUGCCGUGCCGUCUUCUGGAUCGUCGUCAUCAGGUGUCUCUUCGGAAUCGGAAUCAGAUAUAGCAGUCGGUAGCGAUACAUCCCGCCGCAGCUCUGGAUCCUCCGGGCGACACACGCGUUCCAAGACGAGCGAGGAGAUCGCGCCGGCGAGACGGUCGAUCAGGAUCAAGCUUCAUAGCGAGGAUGCUUUGCGACAGCGAAAGCACAAGAAGGCACAAUCUGCCGGCGGUGGUGACUCCCCGGCCGACCUCUCGGCCCAGCUAAAGUCACCUACAUCUCCCGUCAGCGCUCUCACCAAGUACCCCAAGACCCCUGCUCCACCUCGACCUCUUAUACCACAACGGCAGCCUUCGUACAUUCCGAUCGAAACCCCAGAUCCUGCACACCUCAAGACUCUGAUAAUAGACUUGGAUGAAACCUUGAUACACAGCAUGUCCAAAGGUGGCAGGAUGGGUUCAGGGCACAUGGUCGAAGUGCGGCUGAACACGACAUACGUUGGAGCAGGAGGACACCAGACCUUGGGACCUCAGCAUCCAAUUCUGUAUUAUGUGCACAAGCGCCCGCACUGUGAUGAGUUUCUUCGAAAGAUUUCCAAGUGGUUCAACCUCGUAGUUUUUACCGCGUCUGUUCAAGAAUAUGCUGAUCCCGUGAUUGACUGGCUCGAAUCCGAGAGGAAAUAUUUUACUGCCAGGUACUAUCGACAACACUGCACGUUUAGACAUGGAGCUUUUAUCAAGGAUCUGAGCUCGAUAGAGCCAGAUCUUAGCAAGGUUAUGAUUCUAGACAAUAGCCCUCUCAGUUACAUGUUCCAUCAAGAUAAUGCCAUUCCGAUCCAGGGCUGGAUCAAUGAUCCGACGGAUAAUGAUCUUUUGCAUCUGGUGCCCCUGCUGGAAGGGUUGCAGUAUGUGUCCGACGUCAGAGCCCUACUUGCAUUAAGGGGCGGCGAGGACGGAAGUCAUAUAUGA